AUGGUGUCCUGGGUGCUGUGUGCGGGUCUAGUCCUCCUUCACAUCUCCUGCUCAGUGGAAGCCAAACUGCACUAUGCGGUCAUCUUCCCCUCCGAAAUUCGCACUGAGCAUUCUGAAACCAUAUGUAUACACCUGGAAGGGGCUCAGGGGGAGAGCAGAGUACAGAUCUCCUUACAUCUGGAAGAAAAGAACACAACCCUUGUAGAGAAGAGCUUCACGCAAGACUCCAUAUUCACCUGUGUUCCAGUCAGGGUUACCAAAUCUGUAGAGUCAGAGGUGGUUGGCACAUUGAAGAUCUCCAUAGAGAAUGCAGGGGAAACAGUCGUGAAGAGCAAUAAAGUUCUGGUGAAGGAGACGAGAUCCAGCCUUCUAGUUCAGACAGACAAAGCUGUGUACAAACCAGGACAAACUGUGAACUUCAGAAUUCUCUCCCUUAAUGAAGAUCUUCAACCACAAAAUAUUAUAUUUGCAGCUGUAGAACUACAGGACCCAGGAAAGAACCGGAUUGGUCAGUGGCUGAAUGUGAGCAUCAGUCAGGGAUUAUCUGAGUUUUCCCUUCCCCUGUCUUCUGAGCCUCCAUUGGGGGAAUACUCCAUUCGGGUGAAGGACACAGUCCAUACCUUCACAGUGGAAGAAUAUGUUCUUCCAAAGUUUGAAGUUUCCCUUCAGUUCCCCAAGGUUGUUAUGUUUGAUAGUAACAAGUUCCCACUUCAUAUAUGUGGAAGAUACACUUAUGGGAAGCCAGUUCAAGGAAACUACACUGCCACUGUGUGUCACAAACAUUACAGAUAUUGGUGGAGAAGAAUGAGUGAUAGCAAAACUGAUAUCUGUACGAAUUUCUCUGGAACGCUGGACAGAUCAGGAUGUCAUAUAAUAGACGUCAAUUCUGAGGCCCUUAACCUGAGGAGCACUGGCAUGGAGGAUGUUCUGAGAGGAGAAGCCUCCAUCACUGAGACUGGGACAGGAAUUGUAUUAUCUACAACCAGCCAAACUAGUGUAUCCAACGUAAUCAAUAAGGUGGUGUUUGUUGAUGCUGAUGGUAACUACAAAGCUGGGAUCCCCUACAAUGGAGUGAUUAAAGUGGUGGAUUCCAGUGAUAAUCCUGUACCAGGCAUUAAUGUUUACCUAACAAAUAAUGAGCCUGCAAUCAAUAAUACCUUAGUGACAGAUGACAAUGGGCGAAUUUCUUUCACACUGGAUACAAUUGGCUGGAAGGGACAAAAAAUCCUGAGGGCAAGGACAAACCUGCAGAAGUCGACAUUUUUUCAAGACUUCAAGUUCCCUAGAUAUGGCGAUGCACAACUGAAUCUAAAACCCUUCUACUCCCGUUCUAAGAGCUUUCUGAAGCUCCACUCUGUGGACAGAGUCCUCCCAUGCGAAGGGCAGCAGGAGGUGAAGGUGGAAUUUAUCAUUAAACACACAGAGCUGAAGAAUGAAACUGACCACUUAGACCUCCAUUAUAUGGUGACUUCUACAGGUUCUAUAUAUGAUUUUGGGUCUUUAAAAAUUGGCUUCAAUAGCAAAAGUAAAGAUCUGUAUGGCAAGGCUACAUUGAAGCUCCCAUUAAGUGCAGGAAAAUCUUCUACUCUGUGGACACUUGUGUACACUAUGUUACCAGAUGGAGACAUUUUAGCCGACUCUGCAAACUAUAAAGUUCAGAGAUGCUUCAAGAAUAGAGUAUCAGUCGGCUUCUCACCAGAUGAGAUCCUCCCAGGAUCUGAUGUGUCUCUUCAGGUUCAGGCUGCUCCUGGCUCUCUCUGUGGUCUCAGGGUGGUGGAUCAGAGUGUGGUGUUACUGAAACCAGACAAGGAGCUGACUGCUGACAAAGUUUUUAAUCUAUUUCCAUCCCGGAAUAGUGGAGGGUAUGACUAUCGUAUCAGGGAGGACCUUGAUAAUCCAUGCAGACCUUUUGAAGAUGAAAGAAGGAUAAUGUUUACGUACUAUUCAUAUCGCCGUUAUGGUAACAUGGGUGUGGAUGUGCACAGUUUAUUUGAGGGGAUAAACCUAAAAAUAAUAACAAGUGCAAACAUUCAGAAACCUCUGGAGUGCCACAUGGACUUUCCAAGUUAUCGAUUGAGCAGACCAGUUGGAGGCACAGUACGGGCUGAUACAUAUAGAGCAAGAUCACCUGGAUCAAAAAUGUCUAAGGUAAUAAAUGGCAUAGAGCAUACGGAACAAGAGAAAGAGAAAGAAAAAGAGCCCAUCCGAACGUAUUUCCCUGAAACCUGGAUAUGGGAACUUAUAGCAGUAGGAGACUCUGGCAGUACUCACUUCCAUCGUAAGACUCCAGACACCAUCACAGACUGGAAUGCCGGGGCCGUAUGUUUGGGUCAGAGUGGAUUUGGCCUGUCUCCUCCUGUCUCUCUUCGGGUCUUCAAGCCAUUCUUUGUAGAUCUCACCCUCCCAUAUUCUGUAGUGAGAGGAGAAACUUUUACUCUUAAAGCCUCUGUGUUUAACUAUCUCAAGCAGUGCAUUAAGAUUAAAGUCACGCUGGGCCCCACGAAGGAGUUAAAUCCGACACCUUGUACAGACUGUACUUACAGCUGCUGUCUGUGUGCCGAUGAAAGCAAAACCUUCUACUGGAACCUGAAAGCCACCAAACUGGGAGAAGUAAACAUUACAGUGCGAACUGAGGCUGUGAACACUGAAGAGUUGUGUCAGAAUGAGAUACCGAUUGUUCCCAAACAAGGGGCCAUUGAUACCAUUGUAAAACCCUUACUUGUACAGCCCGGAGGAGUUCUGGUGGAGAAAUCGCACAGCUCUCUGCUCUGCAUCCAAGAAGAAGAUAACACUAAGACAGAGGAUGUUUCCCUAAAGGUUCCUAUGGACAUUCUGAAGGACUCUGAAAGAGCUUAUGUGACUGUGUUGGGAGAUAUUAUGGGCACAGCAUUGCAAAACCUGGACCGUCUACUGGCCAUGCCAUAUGGGUGUGGAGAACAGAACAUGGUCCUCUUUGCCCCCAAUAUCUUCAUUCUGCAGUAUUUGGAAAAGACUCAUCAGCUAACCGAUGAGAUCAAGAGCAAAGCCAUCAAGUUCCUAGAGAGUGGAUAUCAGCGACAGUUGACAUACAAGCGUGAUGAUGGGUCAUACAGUGCCUUUGGAAAAAGUGACCGCGCGAGGGCAACACAUGGCUGUCAGCAUUUGUAGUGAAGUCCUUUAGCAAAGCUCGGCCUUAUAUAUUUAUAGAUGAAAGCCACCUAAAACAAUCCUUUACCUGGCUGAAGAAUCAUCGUAAUGAGACUGGCUGCUUCCGCAGUGUGGGAAGACUCUUCAAUAAUGCUAUGAAGGGAGGAGUGGAAGAUGACAUUUCCCUUUCCGCCUAUGUGGCAAUUGCUCUGAUAGAUGGCGGUGUACCCCUGGAGGAUCCUCUGGUCAGAGAAGCAGUGUCCUGUCUGCAAAAAGUAGCCGUGGAUGUGUCUAGUGUAUACACUCUGGCUCUGCUAGCUUACACAUAUACACUCAGCGGAGACACCGAGCUCAGAAAAACUGUAUUGGACAAACUAGAGGAGAAGGCUGUUGGAGGAGAUGGACAACUCUACUGGAAACGUGAUACUGUGCCUCCCAAGCAAGAUUCAUACUGGUACCGAGCUCCAUCUGCUGAGGUGGAGAUGAGCUCCUAUGUGCUCCUGGCUCUACUCUCUGGUCCUGAACCUGACCUGGGCAAAGCUGCAGAGAUUGUGAACUGGCUGAGCAAACAGCAGAACCCCUAUGGAGGCUUCUCAUCUACACAGGACACAGUUGUGGCUCUCCAAGCUCUGGCCAAGUAUUCCGAGCUCACAUUUAGUGAUAAGGGUGAUGUGACUGUGACUGUUGGUUCCAGCUCAGGAUUUCUAGAGAGUUUCCAUGUAGACAAAAAACAACCGGCUCCUCCUCCAGAAAGCAUCACUACCAGCUGUUACUGGAGAUUACACUGUGACUGCCAUGGGCAACGGCUGUGUAUUUGUACAGACAGUCCUGAGAUACAAUGUUCCACCACCCAGAAGUGACACCAGCUUUUCAUUAAAGGUGACACCAAAGUCAAACAGAGAGUGCCUGGGGGAUCCAGUGACAAAUUUUGAGAUUCUUAUCAGUGCUACGU